AUGGAAGCCGCUCUCAGCAAGCUCGAAGACUAUUGCAUGUUAUUCAAUCCGUACAUCUACGACCUCUCUCAUCUCGUCCCUAUUGAUCGAUUGCCCACCGAGCUACUUAUCCAGAUUUUCGUGGCCUCUGUCGAUACCCCUGGAGACGAUCUCCUUGCGCUCAAAUUCGGCCGCGUUUGUCGCUAUUGGCGUGAUGUCGCGAAUGCGUCGCCCCACGUAUGGCAGUAUUUACACCUCAGCGACAGACGGAGGACACAGGCCUCGCAUACUCAGGCCCAGUUAUGGAUGUUACGAUCUGGCUCACUUCCCCUUCAUGUCCACGCCAAUCUGGAGUCCACAGACACUCUCCUUCCUCUCCUAUCACCUGUGCUACGCCAAAUCGACCGCUGGCGGACAUGCCAUAUAACCAUCGGAGAUCUCACGGAACAUGUUGAAUUUGUACCAUUCGCCGCUGACAGUCCGCAAAAUCGUUUGGAGGAAUUACGAGUGAGGGUCAGGCCUUCAGCAAUUAUGUCCGGUAUUUUUGACGAUGACGACCACGAUGUCCCCACCUUUGAUAAUUCGCCGUUGCAGCCUUCAUCCGAAUUCUGCAACAUCUGCAUGCGUGUCUCCUUUAGUGUCUUGCCCUCAUCUUGCCACAUGUCAUCGCUACGUUUCACGCAACUCACAAUCACCGAGUCGGACACCAUCCCAAACUCAACACGUCUGCUUGACUUCUUAUUAGCUUUCCCAAUGCUUGAAUCGCUAUGUUAUCAUGGUCUCGCAAAUGAAAGCGAUUCAACGCCAAAGCAUCCUCGCCCGCCCGUCGUUCCACUUUUGCAUCUGCGCGUGCUACUUGUGCGGACGACCUGCGCGGUGCGCACCAUUUUAUCCCAUAUCCAUGCACCUGCGCUACGGCGUCUCUGCCUGGAGCACACAAAUGUUGAUUAUGAGGUGUCGCCGGAUCCCUAUGCAGAUAUGCACGAGGAGGGUGAUAGUGAUGACGAGGCGCAAGACUUUUCGCAAUCCCCUUGGAGUGAUCGAGGGACCGGGAUGGGACUACGGACACUUUUCAAGCGGAGCAAUCCUCCCUUACAAGCCCUGGAGAUGGAUUAUGCGGACAUGCGCACCAAGGACUUUCUCUGGUGCUUUGAUCGCAUGGAUACGCUCGAAGAAUUCGUUAUUGUCGCCUCAGACAUGUCGGACAAAGUGAUCAAGGCGCUAGCUCCCUACCGGGGACACCUGUUGCGGCAUUCGGGGGAGAGUGAGGACGGGAUGUCCGAUAAUGCUCCUUUACGCGUACGACUUCCUCGACUUUGGGCCCUCGGCUUGCGGAAUUGUCAGCGGUUAACUGGUGACACCAUCGUUAAUGUAGUGCAGAGUCGUUGCGAAUAUGCAGACUCCAUGCCGGAUGACGUUGCUCGUAGUUUGCAAGUCGUUGUGAUUGCCGGUUGCCCAGAAUUCCGUGCUCGUCAUACCAUUGCGCUCUCACCUUUGCUAGGGACUCGGUUGCGUGUAUCAUAG